AUGAUGAAGAAGAUGACGAUGAUGAUGAUGCUACGAUUUGUGGCAUAUAUAGAGUUCGUAUGCCUUGCUCUAUUGGUGAUUGGAGGAAUGCAUUUAGUUUCUUGUCAACCACCAGGAAGCAAAUUGACAAUCAAGAGCCCAGUGGUACUGGCGAAAGAACUUGAUCAUAGAGAUUCGCUCUUUGGACAGCUCCCAUAUGGCACAUCUAUUGAAGAAAAAAUAUUCUACGCAGACAAUAAGCUCUGUGACCCCACGUUCGAUGCAUCGAAAAAUGGAUUUCCGAAACGAGAAGUGACCCAAGAUGGCAAAAUGCAGCCUUUCGCAUCUACUUUCAUUCUCCUGGUUGACCGUGGGGGAUGCACUUUUGUAGCGAAGAUUCGUAACGCCCAAAGACUUGGAGCUGUAGCAGCAAUAAUUGCUGAUAAUAGCUGCUUAUGCUCAGAUGCCGAAUGUGUUGCUGGAGACGGAAUUUGCGAAACGGCAGAACCAAUCAUGGCCGAUGAUGGCUCGGGAGCCGACAUUUCGAUCCCAUCCAUGUUAAUCUUCAAAACUGAUGCUGAUGCUUUGAUUCGUCACCUCAAGAACAAUACAAACGUUGUCAUGGAAAUGAGCUAUGAAUUGCCAUCGCCUGAUGAUCGGGUGGAAUAUGAUAUUUUCACGGUUCCAACAGACGGCGUAAGCAAGGCAUUCCUAACAACCUGGAAAGCAAUGGCCAAGGCGCUGGGGACGAGGGCAUAUUUUAAACCACACAUGUACAUCUAUGAUGGCGUUAGAACUCACUGCACGGGGACCGAUGGACAGUCGCUGUGUUUCAAUCUAUGUACCAACGCCGGGAGAUACUGUGCAACCGAUCCGGACAACGACUUGGAGAAAGGAAUAUCGGGUGCUGAUGUCGUGACGGAAAGUCUCCGACGAAUUUGUAUUUGGCGCAUAUAUGGAGAAGGAGAUGGCAUUGGAGAGGCAUGGUGGGAUUACAUCAACGAGUUUGAACGCCGUUGUAGCCCAGCAGAUUAUUUUGCAAACGAGGAAUGUAUAAAGGAUGCCUACACUUAUGCUGGUGUGGAUGGAGACGUCAUCGUUCGGUGUAUGCUGGAUUCGGGUGGGUUGGACACUGAUGGUUCCAACUCGUUUCUAGAUCAGGCAAUCGCGGAUCAGGCUACAAUGGGGGUUGUCGUAAUUCCAACCGUGUUUGUAAAUACUGUGGCACUUCGAGGAACCAUGAGUUCCGAGGCUGUGUUUGGAGCGAUCUGCAGCGGUUUUGCGGAAGGCUCAGCUCCGGAAGUCUGUGCCAAAUGCAUGUCUUGUCCGUGGGACCUUGCUACGUGUGUAGAAACAAAUGCAUGCGUAUCGGAGCCCGACGAUACCAAUGAGGCUUUAAUGAUCCAUGGCGAUGACCCUAUGCUACUUGGUCUUGGUAUGCUUUCGGGACUACUGGAAUCCUUUGGCGGAUCUGAAAUAUGUGGCUUGAAUUUCGAGGAGAUAGCAGAAGCGUCCAAUGGUGGCAAUGCUGAUAUACUCGACUCUCUUCAACUCGACGAGCAGUGUGAUACAUCGCAAGAAGAACAAUUCCUCGGCACCUUGGAAACUUUUGAAACUUGUGCUGGUUGGGAUAUCAAAGAGGUUAUAGAGACACUGCCGAGUGCGUUGGUCGGUUCGGCCAUGCGAUGUGCAAUGAAGGCAAUGUCAUUAAAGGAUGACGAAGCAUUCGCUGAGACCAUUGCGACAGAAUGUGCGGGAGUUGUUCUGGCCGAUAAUCCACUUGGAAAUGCCCUCAAGCGAAUCCUUUUGGAACCCGAGAAGAACUGCCUGUGUAUGGGUGAAUUGUCAGAACUUCCAGAGUGCGAGCUGGAUGUCUGGCCGAUUCCAGUCUUCGGCUCUGGGUUGAAAACAUGGUCUUGCCUUUUGACUAAUCUUGGUUGUGGUUUUCUGGUCCCAAUUUGCGAGUCAGAGCUGACCGCCCUUGAUACUUGUUUGCCACUGAGCGAUGACGCUGAAAACUUAUGUGAAGCACCGGCAACAUGUGAAGACUCUAUGCUCCUUUCACUUCCACAAUCGCUAGCAGGAAUGCCGAUCCCCGACUCUUGCCGUCAAACAAAUCAGAACCGAAUGAAGGGAGCCACUUCCAAUGUCGUCGCUCGUUAUAAUUUCUUUGUGGAAAAGUGUGUCGACGAUGUCGGUUUCUGGGAUCUUCCUGCACCUUCAUCCAAUUACGUCGACCAAUCAUUUUCUUCUGAUAAAGUUGGCGAUAAGGACAUUUCGAAGCCAGCAGAAGAACAGAGCGCUAGCACCGAGAAGUAUAACGAGGAACUCGAAGAGAAGCAAGGAGAUUUGUCCCAAAGCGAAACCAGCAUCACUGAAGAAGUGACGACUCCCGAAUCCACAUCACCGUCUAGCUUUCUGACUGGCCUUAUCACUGGUUGCAUUGUUACCGCAGUGGUAGCCAUCUCUGUCGUAUUGUACCACAAAAAGUCAAGCAAUAAGAAGACCGGCCCACAAGGAGGAGGCAAUGACAAGAGAGGUUUGUACACAUCGAUCGAAAUGACAUGA